GUCCACAAAGCGUCUGUCAAGCGGAGGAGAUGCACACGAGCGCAAAGUCUCCGCACAAACUUACUCUAUUUGCACUUUUAUCCAUGCUGUAACCUUGGAAAAUAGCUAACUAAAAUCGCGUGUUGUUGUACAUUUUUGAUACAAGCUGGUGUCGCGUUUUGAAGUCGUUUAAGUUUGUUUUAAGCCACUUUUCAAUCACUGACCUUCGUGCUAACUCCGCGGGCUAACUCCACUGCAAUAACCUAAACAAACAGCGGUGUUAGCUAGCAGUAAUAUGUAACGAUUAUAACUUUAGACAUGUUAAAUUUAGUUAGCACGUAGUUUAGGGUUUGUGUUUUUAGUUUGGGGUGGAGGACCGACUGGGAGAGCUCGAUUGCUGGAGGUUUGUCUGUCAGCGGGACCGUGAACACACACAAGCCGAGGAUGAUGUCUCGAAGGCGGAUAGACAGUCGGAGCGGAGCCGCUGGCACCACGGGGCUCCUCAGUGACAUCAACACUCCCAUCUGCUCUGAACCUUUCGAAAGUGUCUAUGAAAUCACCGGAGAACUGGGGAGGGGUAAGUUUGCGGUGGUGAGACGCUGUGUGGAGAAAGCCUCUGGUAAAGUGUUUGCUGCUAAGUUCCUGAAGAAGAGGAGACGUGGGCGUGACUGCAGAGCGGAGGUGGUCCACGAGAUGGCCGUCCUGGAGAUGACCCGGAACAGCGCCCGAGUGGUGAACCUGCACGCAGCCUACGAGACCGACCACGACAUCGUCCUCGUGCUCGAAUACGCCGCAGGGGGAGAGAUCUUUGACCACUGUAUUUCUGAUGAACUUCUCCCUGAGGCUCAGAUCAUUCGGCUGAUCAGACAGACGCUGGAGGGAGUGCACUACCUCCACCAGAGCAGCCUCGUACAUCUGGACCUCAAGCCUCAGAACAUCCUCCUCACCAGCCUGACUCCAGUGGGCGACAUUAAAAUCGUGGACUUUGGUUUGGCUCGACGGCUCGGAGCGGUAGGAGAGCUCAGGGAGAUUCUGGGCACACCUGAAUAUGUGGCUCCUGAGAUCUUGAACUAUGAGCCCAUCACAACAUCCACAGACCUUUGGAGCGUGGGGGUGAUCGCGUACAUGCUCGUGACUGGAGAGAGUCCUUUUGUGGGGGACGAUAAACAGGAGACAUAUUUAAAUGUGUCUCAGAUUAAUGUGGACUACAGCCGCGAAACCUUCUCAAGAGUUUCAGAGCUCGCUGUGGACUUCAUUAGAAAACUGCUCGUCAAAGCCCCCGAAGAUCGUCCCAGCGCGGCCGAGUGCAUGAGCCACCCCUGGCUGUGGCAGCAGUCCCUCUCCUUGACCUCUGACCCCUCCUAUGCCCCCCGCCCCCUCCGCGAGCGCAGCUGUGGCACCAAAUGGACCAUGCCACCCGAAGACACAGAAGACAAGGAGAACAUGAUCGAGUCGCCUCACUCUCAUGCCAAAAAGUUCAGGUUGGAAGAAGAUGGGGACUUUUGAAAUAUGGAGAAAUCUUUGUUUUUUUCAUUAAGCUUUUAAAUUGUUUUAUUAUUAUUAAGACUGCGCAAAACCAGCAGCUCCAUGCUCACUGCCCGCAUUCAGUAUAAUCUGCUAUAAGCUCUGCAUUUCAGCCAAAGACAAAGAUAACAUGUGAGAUGCAUUACUUAUUCAGGGAUAGUCAGGUGUUUUGUAAAGAACAGUCUAUACAAGAUAUUAAGGAGACUUAAGAUCAAUGCAGGAUUUCAGUCUAAAACAGAUAUAAUUAGUCCAAGUUACAAAAAAUCUUUAUCCGUGGCUUUCAAAAUGAAGAAAAAUUAGGACCGUUUAGAAAAAUUUAAACCAAAUAUUCAAUCUUUGGAAUAGAGAAAGUCCUUAAAAUGUCACCUAUAACAAGAAGCAUGGACACAAUUGCUUUGUUUAGGCCAUUCAUGUUACUGUCAACUAUAGUUUGGAGUUAGACAGAAGCACAUGUCUUGAGAGGGACAUAGAUACUAUUUGGUGUCUUUAAAAAUGUCUAAAAUGUUCAAUCAGAACCCUUACUAAAUUUUACCAGUUUUUCUGCACCAUAUUUUGUGAAUAUUUCUUAGAUCGCACAUUAAAUUAAAAUAAUAUUAAACAACAUUAAAUCCAGUGUCUACAGUUGUGAGUAGAGUGCCUAAAAUUGUUCGCAGUUUAUUCCUUUGUUCCUUGUUUUGAGAUCAGUGCAGAAUCAAUAUAAAGUUGAGAAAAGUCCACUACCUGAUUUGCGUCGUUAGCAUAGCAACUAAAUUAGCAUAGCAGUUAAUUAGCCUUUAUUUGACAUCACUUUUAGUAUCUAGUCCUGCAAAUCUCUGCUCAAAAUGUACUGGCUAAAAUGAUAUCAAAUAGACUUGUACAAAACACUUGACUAUCUUCACCUCUUGAUUAAACUGUGUACAUAUUUCCAGGUUAGCGCAGUGUGUGUGUAAUCUAAAGUAUUUAAUAAUAGUUGUUUAAUUGUUUGAUAUUUUUAAAAGGGGGAUUCGUAAACCCACUCCUGGAUGAGUGUUAGUUGUCCCUGUUCAAAUGAAGGCUAGUAUUUUGAAUAUUUGUGGUAUUUUUCUAUGCAAUAAGUCAAGUUUUAAAUGUCUUUAAAUUAAACGUAACAAUAUCUUAGGAAUAGCAAUGAUACAAUACCAGCAUUUAUUAUUAUUACUAUUAAAGGGUAAGGCAGCAGGUUAAAUAUAGCACAAUGAAUGACUGCAUACAUAGUUUUAUAUCAGAUGUGGUUAAAUAUAUUCUUAAAACAUGUGUUCACCGUUCCUAAUGCACUUCCAAUGGAUUUUUAUUAUACAUUCCGACAUUCCUAUUAGCUUAGCAGUUUUUCCAUGGUGUUGGGUGUCCUUCUGAAGAACCAUUAAUAGAUAAAGUAUUACUUCCCUUUCACAAUAAAAGUUUAUAGAUAUAUCAGUAUUGUCAUGCCAUAAAAACAUAAUCUGCCCCCGCUAAACAAUAAAAACAUUAGAUAUAGUUUAAGAUUUAGUGCGCUUUAAUAUGCUACAUUCCUCAUAGCUUCAAAAUAAAAGUCUCAGGUGAUAUAUUGAAAUGAACCCGUAAAGAGCAUAAGCUUAUUUUAACAUUCCUCCUUCCCUUUCACAAUAAAAUACCUAAAUAAGACCAUUACUAGAUGACUUGAAAGCACAAUGCAUUCCUAACACGACAAAAAUCUGCACUGCUGAUUUAACAUUAAAACUACUCCCAAAAACAUGAAUAUUCUGAAUGUAAAGGUGCACUUUGUAACUGUUCCCAUGGAGAACGCACUCCUUUGCCUACAUCCAUGGAGAUGAGUCAGAUCUGUGGAGAUGCGACCCUGCUGACAUUACGCAUACAUGUUUUUCGGGGUAUUCCUGAGCCAUAAAAAACACUCACAUUUAAUGAAAACCUUCCAAGCAAAACAACAACUUCUCCAUGGAGACAAGGAGAUCUAAAAGUUACACAGUGUACCUCUUAGUCACUUGGGCAGAUAUUUCAUUUUUGCUGUGUUAUUAGCAUUAUUAGCCAACCUUACAGUGUGUUCCAGGACCGUUUGUUCACAUGCUGUCCGUACACGUAGUCAAAUGAUUUCCUCAACUAAAUAUCAGUUCCUUUUUCUAUAUUUACAAAACUUAGCACUUGGCCUAAACUGAUAAAACAACACGUUUUUUUUUCACUUCCUCAAUUAUAAUCUUACAUUUAGUUUUUCCACGGUGCCUGAAGUUGUAUAUCUGUUUCUAUACUCAGGACUGUAUGCUAACUUUAUUUUGAACUUUUUAAAUGCCUACUAUACUUAUUUAUGUGCUGGACUUUUAUCUCGGUGUAAAUAUUGUGGUCUUAAAAAGAAGAGGGGGAACAAGUUGGUGGAAUUCACGAGAGAAUUGACGGCGUUUUAAUUUGGAGUGGAGCGGGUAAAGGUUUUGGUUGGUUAGUGAUAAAAAAAAGGUAAAGUGAAGAGGAUGUUUUGAAAGGAAUUGAAAGUAGGGUUUGAUAAUCAGGGUUUCCACAAAAAAGAACAAAACAAGCACAUCCAUUACAGUUUGUAUAAUAUAAAUUAAUCGUUUUAAAUUGCCGACUUGAUACUUUUCACUCAAGUUCGAGUUUAAUCCGAGCUUUGUUUUAACACAGUCUGACCAGAAAGAGCUGAUUUAGCUGAAACGACAACAGCUGAUUAAAGUUUUGGCGUUACAGUUGUGCUACCAACAACUAGCACGCUGAUGCACUUCCUGAUUAUCGAACAAUAAAACAGUUUUUAAUUAAAUGCAGACUUAUUUUGACCUCCAGAGCUGCUUUUACACUAUAUCAACGCUGAGGAAAGACAAAUAUUGCUCAAAUACAUAGGAACACUUGGAUACAGGGGGAUUAACUUUGUAUUUUCCCCUUUUAAUUUUCUUCGAAAGCGAUGUAUUCUAAAGUGUGGGAACCCUGAUUGUGAAUGGACAGGAAUGCGGACUGUAACGUGAUACGAGCGUUAGCGUGUUGUUGUGGAAAGAAGAAUUCGACAAAGGCGUUUUGAGAAAGUCGAGAUACGUAAGAAAAGAGGGUUUAGUGCGAGAGUUUGAGCUGAACGGAUAUUUUAAUUGUGCCGGUUUUAGAAAGUAUUAAGAACGAUCCAGUGUACGGACUGUGCCACGUGAGGAGCUAUAGACGUGGGAUUAACCAGCUUUUGUUCAGUUGAUAUGUACUUAAUGCUACGAUCAACCAAAACAUUACAUUACAAGAGCAUUUUGGUAGUUGUAGUUGUAAAGUUGAGCAGGAAAAAUGGGAAGGAUAAGAAGGAUUUUGGCAGCUUUGACUGAUUGUGACGACUGAACAGCUGAGUCAGUGUGUCUCCGUACUGCAGCUCUAGUCCCAGUCUGCAGAGGUGCUUUAGACCCGGGUUAGUCCUGAUUUAGUCUGGUGUUAGACCAGAUUUAGCCUUAGUUAUGUGCAGCAUUUGUGGUAGACCAGGUGAAGUCCUGGUUUAGACCUGGCUCAGCUCUUUUGUGUUGUUUCCUGUCUGCAGUGGUCCAGAUCUGUCAGAUUGGCUCUUGUCUUGGUUUAGUCCUGGUUUAAUCCUGGUUUAGUCCUGUCGUCAGUAUCUAUAAACUGCGCUUUAGACCCGGGUUAGUCCUGGUUUAGUGCUGAAAUAGACCUGCUUCGGAUUAGAACUGGUUUAUUUCUGGCUCGGUGCUUGUUCUGAUUUUAUAGAGUUGAAUGUUCAUUAAUAAGUUGAAUAUAAACCAUGUAGUCAUAAUGUUUUGGUUGAUUGGUGUAAGAUUACAGGCAGCUUUGGGCCCAUUCCCCGUGGCGUUGUGAAGUGCCAAACACAAAGUCUAUUGUGUUCUCGUUGUAUUGUUGUGGCUGGGACAAAAGCUUUUCUUUCUUUCUGGAGAGGGGCGUCCGCGGCCACUGAUCUCAUCUCCGUUCAAUGCUGUCAUCGAAAAACUGUACAAAAUAAAAACUAAGGCUGCUCAGAAAGAACUCAGUGCUUGAAAGUGAAGUUUAUAUUUAUGCUGCGUUCAUGUGGUCUUAUAUUAAUAUUAAAUGCAUUAUGUGAGAUGAUUUGGCAGGACUUGGAUCAUUUAGGAUUACGACAAUUGUUUUUAGCUUCUGCUUUGAGGUCGAUCCAUCGUGUCCAACCUCGACACAGUUUAUUUAAAAUGACAAACGAUAAAGUGUUUGUUGUGAUUUAAGUAGUUAAUAUUAAAUCUAGUACAGGGCUGUGCUGUUAUCAAAUUUGAAUAAAGAUUUACUACAAUCCUCUGUCAGUAAAAGCGCGUGGUUUGGACUUCAGACUUUGAACACAGACAUUUUGGUGUUUUUGUGUGAAAUGGCAAUUAUUCAAAGUCUGUAUUGUUCAUCCAUUUAUUUACUUCAUCUGAGCAGCGACUCCCAGACUCCCCCCACCCCAGACACUUCCUCCACCUCAUCCUGUAUUGUUUAUAUUCAGGAAAUUAUAUCGGAUGCAAUUUUUAUUUGUUUUAAUAGGACAAAAUCAAAAAUUGGGAUUGAGCAAUACGACAAAAGCACCACCUUAAGAGAGGCAUAAUUAAAGGUUUAUAUUAUGUGAAAGUGACUGUCAAGUGUUGUUUCCUCCUCAAAAACAGACCUGGAGUUGUGUCUGUACCUCAAAAUGCUCUUUUCCACCUUGUGAUGUCAUGAAGUGGUCAAUUUCAAGUUAGCAGCUCUUUUAUUUUUUGCUCAUUUGAAAUCGGAAACUCCAGGGCUGAUUUUAUCCAAAUGAUUCAGGUGAAGGUGUGUGGAGUUUAAAAACACCGCGGAGCACUUCCUGAAUUACCACAUGAUGACAUCACAAGGUGGAACAGAGUGUUUUCUGUUUUCUGAGAGCCUAAAUAUGCAGGAUUUAUGUGUUAAACGUGUGUGAAUGAAACAAAAACACAACUCCAGGUCUGUUUGUGAUGAGAAAACAACAUUAGAACAACAUUAGCCCUUUAAUCAUUUCUAUAAAGCACUGAUACUAGCUUGGCAAAAACAUCUUUCUUGACUUUUUGUAGACCACAUGAAGGCAGCAUAUGUGUAUUUGACGACGCAGGGCCAGUACUACUUCCUGUUUGAUCCACUACUGUUAAAGGAAGUGACUUGAAACAGUCUCAUCUCGAUACUUUGAUUAAAAGACAUGAUUUUGACCUCAGUCAGUUUGUAUAGAAGGGUUGGUUUUGUCAACUUUAGCUCCUGUUUAUGAACUAACAGUGAUUUUAUAUAGUGUUGUGCAAAAGGUUUAAACGGGCUUGAAGAGUAAAAUGAUUUGUUAAUUGAUUCUGCCAAGGCACUGGUCUUAUCUCGCAAUGGUAAACAUGCUCCAGACUCUUUAGUUAAAGGGUAAAUGCUUUUUAUUGAGCGGUGUAUAUGAAAAUGGCUAAUAAUUGUGUACCUGUUGAAGCCUUUUGCACAUGGCUGUAUAUAUAAACGCAGGUCUAAUGGAGUCGUACUGUAAACGGUGAACGGUCACAUAUAUCGCUGGUGUCUCAUUGUGUCUCUGUCACUUGACCAUGACUUAUGCUGCAGGGCUGGUUUGUUUUCGCUCUGUUAUUUUCAGCGUUCGUGUGAGAGUCCAUUGUUUUGAGUAGGUGGGGCUGAGCGGGGAGCCCCUACAGUAGUUUAGUCGAACUAUAAAUAUAAGCAAAGGAAAGUGGAGCAACUGCUUUGUUUGUUUUUGGAACCUCAUUCUGAUCUUGCAUUGAAAUCGAUGAACUGUCUGUGAGCUUACUAUGUUUACUAAGCUGGGGAAUUGUAGGUCAUUUUUACAGUUAAUUAUUUAAAAAGAGUUGUAAAAAGAAAAAAAAAAGGUUAGUACAUAUUCCAAAUCAGGAUUAGAUGAGGACUAAAGCAAGACUAAAACUUGACAAUAUGAUUACAAGGAUUUAAGCAGACUUUUUUAAACCAGGACUCUGCUAAACCUGAAACCAUUCAACCAUCUAUUUGUCUAAUUAGGACUAAACCAGGACUAAACCAGGACUAAAACAGGUCUAAAACAGGUCUAAAUUAAGACUAAACCAGGACUAAAACAGGUCUAAAUUAAGACUAAACCAGGACUAUAGAAUGAGUCAGACUAAUCCAGAACUGAAUAAGGACUAGACCAAGACUAAAACCAGUUACAAUCUGGACUAAAUCACCAAUAAUGUGUAAAAUAAUGUAUUAAACAAGGACUAAACCAGGUCUAAACCCGGACUAUAACGAGGACUAAACUAGGAUUAAAUUUAAAUCAUCUCUUGACUUUCAUACAGCUUAAACAUUAUUCAAAAUAUUCCACACUUUGAUCAGAUUUUAAUGCCAGGUCUGAUGAGAACCAUAGAGACUGAAGGCUCUGAUAAAAGUCAAUACCAGCCACAAGCACAAAUGUGUUGUUGACGAAAUGUUUGUUUAUUUUGCAUUUUAUAUGUUUUUAUUAUUAUUUUAUUGUUAUUGAAUGAAAAGACUAAAAAUAUAAUCUGUGUACUCUGAUCUGCUGCAGGCUAAUUCCUCGAGGCAUUACGAAGCGAAACUGGAAAAUGCAUUAAAGAUUGUAGAAAAUG